AUGGAUAAGAGUUGGAUGCAAGGAAAAUCUAGGUUGCAUCCUGCAUAUAAAAGAGGUCUUAAUGAAUUUAUCAAGAUUGUUCGCGAUCACACAGAUAGCAUGGGAAGGACUGGUUGCCCUUGUGCCCGAUGCAAAAAUGGUCAUUUGGAGCCCAUCCAGGUGGUUGAAGAUCACUUGCAAGAUUUUGGAAUACACAAGGAUUAUACACUAUGGAUAAACUAUGGAGAAGAUUAUGAAAUUGUCUCUGAUGAUGACGAUGUUGAUGAGGAAGAAACACAAGGUUAUACAAAUAAUGGGGUUAGUGAACUUCUUGAAGAUGUGUGUGCCAGAGCAAACAACAAUGAAUGUUCAGCAUUGCCUGAAGGUGAGACACUUCCAAACACCUAUUACGAGGCUAAGAAACUAUUGAGGAACCUUGGACUUGGUUAUACAGUAAUUCAUGCAUGCAGAUACGACAGUGCACUUUUCUGGAAGGAAAAUGAGAAUCUUGAAAACUGUCCCAAGUGUAAUGAGCCGAGGUAUAAAGUUGUCGAGGGAAAAGGAAAGAAGAUACCUCAGAAAGUACUGCGUUAUUUUCCACUCAAGCCAAGGUUGCAGAGAUUGUUCAUGUCAAGGAUGACUGCUAAAGAUAUGAAAUAUUGGAAAAAGAUACAGAAAAGGGAGAAAAAUGUGUUUAGGCAUCCAGCAGAUUCUAAAAUUUGGCAAGAGCUUGAUGAGAAUCACAAGUGGUUUGCCAGAGAUUCACGUAAUGUCCGACUUGGCAUUGCAAGCGAUGGGUUUAUUCCAUCUAAUGACCUCAAUGGAAAACCACAUAGUAUUUGGCCUGUAAUUGUUGUUCCGUAUAAUUUGCCACCUUGGAGAUGCAUGAGAGAGCCCUUCAUAUUUUUGACUCUACUAAUACCAAGGCCUAACAGUCCUGGAAAUGAUAUCGACGUUUUUCUAAGGCCACUGAUAGAUGAAUUAAAAGGGUUAUGGGAAAUUGGUGUGAAGACUUUUGAUGCAGAUUCAAAGGAAGUAUUUCAGCUUCAUGCUGCGUUGUUAUGGACGAUCAAUGAUUUUCCUGCAUAUGGGAACUUGUCUGGAUGGAGUACUCAUGGGUAUCUAGCUUGCGCAGUUUGUAAUAAAGAUAAGCGUUCAAUGUGGUUGAAGAGUGGACGGAAGAUAUGUUACAUGUGUCAUCGUCGUUUUUUGCCUCGAACUCAUGCUUGGAGAGACAGGGGAAAACAUUUAUUUGAUGGAAAAGCCGAAAAAGGGUCAAAGCCGAAGGAGUUUUCUGGAGAUGAUGUGUUAUUACAGCUAGAAGUCGUCGAGAAACAAGAUUUUUGGAAGGCACCGAACACCAAAAAGAGAACACGUUAUGAUUUUGAGUUAAAUUGGACAAAAAGGAGUAUUUUUUUCGAACUGCCAUAUUGGAAGACUAAUAAGUUGCGUCACAAUGCUGAUGUUAUGCAUGUGGAGAAAAAUAUUUUUGAUAGUGUUGUAGGAACGCUGAUGGACAUAGAGAAGAAAACUAAAGAUACGAUAAGAUCUAGAGGAGACCUAGAAAGAUUGGGUUUGAAGAAGGAGAUGCAUCUAACUAAGAGAGGUAACAAGUUAAUCAAGCCACCUGCAUCCUAUACUUUAUCGGUUCCAGAGAGAAAAAUAUUAUGCGAGUGGUUGAAGUCGGUGAAGUUUCCUGACGGCUAUGCCUCAAACAUUGCUCGGUGUGUAAAGGAAAAAGAUGGUAAGGUAUCCGGAAUGAAGAGCCAUGAUUGUCAUGUAUUUCUACAAUGGAUUCUUCCUGUUGCACUGCGUGGUUUCCUGCCGAAAAAUAUAUCUAGUGCAUUAGUUGAGCUUGGUGUUUUCAUUAAGGAAUUGUGUUCGAAGACACUAAGACUGGAAGUACUAGAGAAAAUGGAAAAGAAUGUUUCCGUACUACUAUGCAAGUUGGAGCAGAUUUUUCCACCAGCAUUUUUUGAUAUUAUGGUUCACUUGAUAGUUCACUUACCACAUGAAGCUAUUCUUGGUGGACCCGUGCAAUAUCGUUGGAUGUACCCAAUUGAAUGGUAUUUACGCACACUAAAGCAAUAUGUACGAAACAAGGCACGACCUGAAGGUUCCAUUGUCGAGGCAUACAUCAACAACGAAUGUCUUACUUUUUGCUCUAUGUAUCUACAUGGAAUUGAAACACGUUUCAACUGGGAAGAUCGAAAUGACGAUGGUGGUUCUGGAGAACCAAUUAAGGAGAUGAGUGUUUUCUCAAAUGAUGCUCGACCUCUUGGAGCUGCUAAAAACGUGAUGUUGGACUUGAAAGAUACCGCCAAAGCUAGAUUUUGUGUGAAUCGUUUACGAGAAGAGAAUUUUCCUAAUGUUUCAGAAGAAAUGUAUUCACUAGCCGUUGGCCCUGAUUCACGCGUAGUGCGAUAUAGCGGGUAUGUCUUAGAGCUAACUUACCUGUAUGGAAAUAAAGUUUUUCUUUUCAUAUGUGAUUGGUGGGACACCGAGAAGAGAAGGAAAAAUAUUGUCACUGAUAGCCGCUUCACUAGUCUUAACUUCUCUCAGACAUGGUACAAAGACGAUCCUUUUGUUCUUGCUGACCAAGUGCAACAAGUUUUCUACCUUAAAGACCUUAAACUGCGCGGAAAAUGGUAUGUUGUUCAGCAUUUAAUGCCUCGGAAUGUUUAUGAUGUCUUAGAGAAAGAGGUUGGGCCAGAACCAAACAAUGACGAGGCAUAUCAGCAAGAUCAACACUUCACAACAGAAAACAUAGUCCAAGAUAAUUCUGGAAAUGCAUCAAGUUGCAAUGAGGAAUUCAAGUUGGAAUAG